AACAUUAAUAUACUUUAACAUUCCAACCUGAAAAAAUAUACAUCGCUAAAGAGUUUAUCACUUUCCCCUUCCUCCAGCGUAGUCGCUGCUUUUUAAUAGUUUUAAUUAAUUGCAAAUGUUUUUUUUGUAAAUUUUUAACAUCGUCUAAACUUGCGAAUCUUUCAGGUAUUAAAUUUGAGGUGCCCGGCUGUAGCACUAAACGACAUAAGAACAGAUGACUAAUUUUCGGCCUGAAAUUUAUAAUUUAACAAACAUUUUUUACUUAUCCAGAGUAUAAACAUACUUAUAAAUACAUUUAAAUCGUUUACUUUAAUCAUAACUAUCAGAAUGUGAAUAUAGUUUCAACCAGCACAACAAAACUGAACUCAAUCACCCAUUGUGUCUUUAACAUUAGGAAAAUAUUUGACCUUUAUCCAUAGCUGCUAAUGUUAUCCGUGUCUUUUAUUCAUUUGUACUACUAGUGUAAUUUACUCACUGUGGUCAUUUCAGAAAUAUGCUUUGCACAGACUUAAUAUCUGACCGGUAAUGUACUCUGUUGAAUAUCUUUUAACAGAACUUUAUUUGCUUUGAUUUCAGAAGAAUUAGAGGCCUGAAGAAGAUGAUGAACUAGUGGAGUAAAAGUAAACUAGUAAAAGAAGAGGCAAGAUUUUUUCGCCUGCACUCAGUGUGGAAAGAGAUUGAUUUGGAUGCAAAGCAGCCGUAAAAUUCUCAAGAUGGUCCGCACUGGAGAGAAACCAUUUACAUGCACCCAGUGUGGUAAGAGUUUCACACGAUCAUCACACCUUAAUAGACACAUGAUGAUCCACACCGGAGAGAGACCGUUCACCUGUACCCAGUGUGGAAAGAGUUUCGGAGAAUCAUUAUCCUUUAAUAGACACAUGUUGAUCCACACUGGAGAGAAACCAUUCACAUGUACCCAGUGUGGGAAGAGUUUUACACAAUCAUCAUCCCUUAAUAGACAUAUGAUGAUCCACACCGGAGAGAAACCAUACACGUGUACCCAGUGUGGGAAGAGUUUUACACAAUCAUCAACCUUUAAUAGACAUAAUAUGAUCCACACUGGAGAGAAACCAUACACAUGUACCCAGUGUGGGAAGAGUUUUAGACGAUUUUCAUUAUUUAAUCUACACAUGUUGAUCCACACCGGAGAGAAACCAUUUACAUGUACCCAAUGUGGUAAGAGUUUCAGACGAUUAUCAAACCUUAAUCAACACAUGUUUAUCCACACUGAAGAGAGACCAUUCACAUGUACCCAGUGUGGAAAGAGUUUUAAAGACUCCUCAUCACUAAAUAAACAUGCGCUGAUCCACACUGGAGAGAGACCAUUCACAUGUACUCAGUGUGGAAAGAGUUUUAGAGACUCCUCAUCACUAAAUAAACAUGCGUUGAUCCACACUGGAGAGAAGCCACACAAGUGUGAUCAAUGCGGUAAAACAUUUGCAAGGGGUUCACUUCUGAAGAACCACCUAAGAGUUCAUACAAAGGAGAAACCGUAUUCAUGUUCUGUGUGUGGAAAGGGUUUUACAUGGCAGUCAAGUAUAAUAACCCAUCAGAAGAUCCACACUGGUGUGAGAGAGUAUUACUGCUUUGAGUGUGGGAAGACUUUUGUUACAGCUGAUCAGUUGGAACGGCACGAAAGGAAUCACACUGGAGAGAAACCGUACAUGUGUUCACACUGCGACAAGAGAUUCAGUCAGAUAGCAUCUCUGAAAGCACAUGAGAAGAUUCACACUGGAGAAAAACCAUACACAUGUUCACACUGCGACAAGAGAUUCAGUCGAUUAGGAAAUCUGAAAGUGCAUGAGAGGAUUCACACUGGAGUGAAACCGUACAAGUGUUCACACUGCGACAAGACAUUCAGAGAGCCAGGAAAUCUGAAAGUGCAUGAGAGGAUUCACACUGGAGUGAAACCGUACAAGUGUUCACACUGCGACAAGACAUUCAGAGAGCCAGGACAACUGAAAGUACAUGUGAGGACUCACACUGGAGAGAAACCAUACAUGUGUUCACACUGCAGCAAGAGAUUCAGUCGAUUAGAUAGUCUGAAAGAACAUGAGAGGAUUCACACUGGAGAGAAACCGUACAUGUGUUCACACUGCGACAAGAGAUUCAGUUAUUUAGGUUGCCUGAAAGUACAUGAGAGGACUCACACAGCAAUUUGUUCAAAACGAUGUCCUUCAAGAUAGAGUAGGGUUUUAACCUCGGCAUCCUGGCCAAAUUUGCCCCUGGCCCCUGUCAAUCAUGGCCUCCUAACCAUCCUUAGGGCUCAACAUUACGGACGCUCGGGACAGUAGACAGUAUUGUUUUCUGUGAUCUGUGCUGCCUUGUCACAAAAGUUUAAUUUAGCAGAGACUAUUUGUCAAUUUCCUAUGAAUACUGUCUUAGAAUCGAGGAACAGUGUGUAGUUUUAAGUCUUUGAAUGCUAUCUUCUCUGUGAUGUCGUAAACACCAUAUUGCUUUUCGAUUCCUGUGAAAACAGCAAAGUAACGGCGACAUCAAAUUAUGAGGCUAAAAGAUUGUCUAAAGGCCUGUGCACACCGAGACGUUUUUUUGCUCACGUUUUCCGUUGACGUUUAUCGCUUCGUGACUAAAUAAAGU